GUUGUAGCCCGCCUCGCUCCCUCCGUCCUGAGCGAGCAUGGAGGUCUCAGCCAUGGAGGAAGCCCUCUCCAACCCCAAGGGGAGGAGGAAGGGAGGCCUCAGAACCAUCCCCUUCAUCAUCUCGAACGAGAUCUUCGAGAAGGUGGCCACGUUCGGGCUGACGGCCAACAUGAUUCUGUACCUCACCGAGCGGUACCUCAUGUCGAGCGCCUUCGCCACCGUCGUGCUCUACAACUGGAACGCCAUCUCCAACUUCCUCCCCAUCUUCGGCGCCGUGCUCGCCGACGCCUGCCUCGGCCGCUUCCGGGUCAUCGCCCUCGGCUCCUUCGUCAGCCUCUUUGGGAUGUGCCUGCUGUGCCUGACGGCGAUCCUGCCGGUGUACAAGAGGACCCCGGAGUGCGCGGCGCGGCUGGCGGACUGCGUGGUGGUGCCGUGGCAGCUGCCGCUGCUGUUCACGUCGUUCGCGCUCAUGUCCCUCGGGUCGGGCGGCAUCCGGCCGUGCACGCUGGCGUUCGGGGCGGACCAGCUGGACAAGCGGGACAACAGCGCCAGGAACGUGAGGACGCUGCAGACCUUCUUCAACUGGUACUACACCGUGCUCGGCCUCUCCAUCGUGUUCGCGGCCACCGUCAUCGUCUACAUCCAGCAGGCCAGGGGCUGGGUCGUCGGCUUCUCCGUACCCGUCGUGCUCAUGGUCACCGCGCUCACGCUGUUCCUCCUCGGCUCGCCCUUCUACAUAAAGGCGGCGGCCGACAGGAGCGCCAUCCUCGGCCUCGUGCAGGUGCUCCUCGCCAGCUACAAGAACAGCCACGAGCCCAUGCCGCCGGAGACGGCCGACGCAUCGAGCUUCUACACCAAGGCCGGCUCCAAGCCCAGGACUCCCACCAACAAGCUAAGGUACUUGAACCGGGCCUGCGUGCUUCGGAACCCCGGCAAGGAGCUCAGCGCCGACGGGGCGGCGUGCGACCCGUGGAGGCUGUGCACGGUGCAACAGGUGGAGGACACGAAGGCCGUCAUCCGCGUGCUGCCGAUAUGGUCGACGGGGAUCUUGCCCGGCGUGAUCGUCGGGCAGCAGAUGUUCCCGACGCUGCAGGCGAAGACGAUGCAGCGGAAGGUGGGCGGCCUGGAGAUCCCCGCGGCCACCUUCGGCGUCUUCAGCAUCCUGACGCUCACCGUCUGGGUGGCCGUGUACGACCGCGCGCUGGUGCGGCCCCUGUCCCGGCUCACGGGCCACGCGCGCGGGCUCAGCCUGCGGCAGCGGAUGGGCGCCGGCCUGGUGCUCUUCGCCGUGGCCAUGGCCGUGGCCGCGCGCACCGAGAGCGUCCGCCGCGCCGCCGCGAUCGCCGAGGGGCUCCGCGACUCCGACCCGCGCUCGGCCCCCCCGAUGCACAUGUCGGCCAUGCGGCUGGUGCCGCAGCACUGCCUGAUGGGGCUCGCCGAGGCGCUGAACCUGAUCGGGCAGAUCGAGUUCUACUACUCCGAGUUCCCCAAGACCAUGUCCAGCAUCGGGGUGUCGCUGCUGGCGCUCGGCCUCGGGUUCGGCGCCGUGCUGGGCAGCGCCAUCGUCGGGAUCAUCGGCGCCGCGACCCGGAGCGGCGGGCACGAGGGGUGGCUGCCGAGCAACCUGAACAGGGGCCGCUACGACGACUACUACCUGGUCCUGGCGGUGCUGGGCGCGGCCAACGUGGCGUACUUCGUGGUGUGCGCCUGGGCGUACGGCGAGGAGGGCCAAAACCGGGUGGCGGCCGCCGACGACGCCGCCACGGUGGACGACGGCAAGGAGGAGCAGCACAAGGCGGUGAUCAUUUAGGCGUAGGCCAGCCAUUGGCUUUUGAGCAGUAGUAUGAUUAUGAACAAGCGUCGAUCAGAGAUGGUAUCUUUCUGUGGUGUAAAUCAUCGUGGUUAAAUGUGUUAUGUAUGCGAACAUAUACGCUAAUGAUGUUUCAAGAGAAA